AAAACUUUAGAGAGGGUUCUUCGUUUCGACAUCUCGCCACUUUGAGUACAGACUUACAGAGACUUACAGUUUUCAACUGUAUUUCCGGCAACAUUUUCAAAGAUGUUUGGAAAAAGCUCCAACACCAUGCAGAGGCCAAGAUGCUGCUUGUAUUGCAUGGGUGACAAUACACAACCAUGUGACAGGCACAAACAAAGACCGUCCCUUAAAAGGACAUGGAGGGUAGCUAAUCCAUCCGCUAUUAUAAGACCAAGAACCCUCGGUUCAGGCGGAAAGAGGAGAAGAGUGGAAACACUGGAGUCCAAAGAGAAGAAGGAUCCCUCGGAUCCCACAUGCUCUAAGAGCAUGAUGGAUACCUCUACGAGCAGUCCCAGUCCUCAGCAGACCUUGAUACUGAGGAUUCCACGUGACAGAUACGAACAAAGACCUUCCCUUAAAAGGACAUGGAAGGCAGCUAAUCCAGCCGCUAUUAUAAGGCCAAGAAGCCUUGGUCCAGGCGGAAAAAGGAGUAGAGUUAUUUCACUGAAGUCCAACGAGGCCGAAGAGAUGAUGGACUUCUCUCCGAGCAGUCCCAGUCCCCAGCAGACCUUGCCACUGAGGAUUCCAACUGAGGCCGAAGAGAAGAUGAACACCUCUACAAGCAGUCCCAGUCCCCAGCAGACCUUGCCACUGAGGAUUCCAACUGAGGCUGAAGAGAAGAUGAACACCUCUACAAGCAGUCCCAGUCCUCAGCAGACCUUGAUACUGAGGAUUCCAACUGAGGCCGAAGAGAUGAUGGACUUCUCUCCGAGCAGUCCCAGUCCCCAGCAGACCUUGCCGCUGAGUAUUCCAACUGAGGCCGAAGAGAAGAUGAACACCUCUACAAGCAGUCCCAGUCCCCAGCAGACCUUGCCACUGAGGAUUCCAACUGAGGCCGAAGAGAAGAUGAACACCUCUACAAGCAGUCCCAGUCCCCAGCAGACCUUGCCACUGAGGAUUCCAACUGAGGCCGAAGAGAAGAUGAACACUUCUACAAGCAGUCCCAGUCCCCAGCAGACCUUGCCACUGAGGAUUCCAACUGAGGCCGAAGAGAAGAUGAACACCUCUACAAGCAGUCCCAGUCCCCAGCAGACCUUGCCACUGAGGAUUCCAACUGAGGCCGAAGAGAAGAUGAACACCUCUACAAGCAGUCCCAGUCCCCAGCAGACCUUGCCACUGAGGAUUCCAACUGAGGCCGAAGAGAAGAUGAACACCUCUACAAGCAGUCCCAGUCCCCAGCAGACCUUGAUACUGAGGAUUCCAACUGAGGCCGAAGAGAUGAUGGACUUCUCUCCGAGCAGUCCCAGUCCUCAGCAGACCUUGAUACUGAGGAUUCCAACUGAGGCCGAAGAGAUGAUGGACUUCUCUCCGAGCAGUCCCAGUCCUCAGCAGACCUUGAUACUGAGGAUUCCAACUGAGGCCGAAGAGAAGAUGAACACCUCUACAAGCAGUCCCAGUCCCCAGCAGACCUUGCCACUGAGGAUUCCAACUGAGGCCGAAGAGAAGAUGGAUACCUCCACAAGCAGUCCCAGUCCUCAGCAGACCUUGCCACUGAGGAUUCCACCUGAGGCCCAAAAGAUGAUUGGUACCUCCAAGAGCAGUCCAAGUCCUCAGCAGACCUUGCCAUUGAGGAUUCCAACUGAGGCCAAAGAGAAGAUGGACACCUCUACAAGCAGUCCCAGUCCCCAGCAGACCUUGCCACUGAGGAUUCCACCUGAGGCCCAAAAGAUGAUUGGUACCUCCAAGAGCAGUCCAAGUCCUCAGCAGACCUUGCCAUUGAGGAUUCCAACUGAGGCCAAAGAGAAGAUGGACACCUCUACAAGCAGUCCCAGUCCCCAGCAGACCUUGCCACUGAGGAUUCCACCUGAGGCCCAAAAGAUGAUUGGUACCUCCAAGAGCAGUCCAAGUCCUCAGCAGACCUUGCCACUGAGGAUUCCAACUGAGGCCGAAGAGAAGAAGGACACCUCUACAAGUAUCUCUUGUCUUUCCGGGGGCAUUAAAGAGAAAUCCGCCAGCUUCUUGCAGACCUUGCCACUGAGGAUUCCACCUGAGGCCCAAAAGAUGAUUUGUACCUCUAAGAGCAGUCCAAGUCCUCAGCAGACCUUGCCACUGAGGAUUCCAACUAAGGCCAAAGAGAAGAUGAACACCUCUACAAGCAGUCCCAGUCCCCAGCAGACCUUGCCACUGAGGAUUCCAACUGAGGCCAAAGAGAAGAUGGACACCUCUACAAGCAGUCCCAGUCCCCAGCAGACCUUGCCACUGAGGAUUCCACCUGAGGCCCAAAAGAUGAUGGAUACCUCCACGAACAGGCCCACUCCUCAGCAGACCUUGCCACUGAGGAUUCCAACUGAGGCCGAAGAGGAGAUGGAUACCUCCACGAGCAGUCCCAGUCCUCCGCAGAACUUGCCACUGAGGAUUCCAACUGAGGCCGAAGAGAAGAUGGACUUCUCUUCGAGCAGUCCCAGUUCCCAACAGACCUUGAUACUGAGGAUUCCAACUGAGGCCGAAGAGAAGAUGGACAUCUCUCCGAGCAGUCCCAGUUCCCAGCACACCUUGAUACUGAGGAUUCCAACUGAGGCCGAAGAGAAGAUGGACUUCUCUCCGAGCAGUCCCAGUCCCCAGAAGACCUUGCCACUGAGGAUUCCAACUGAGGCCAAAGAGAAGAUGGACACCUCAACGAGUAUCUCUUGUCUUUCCGGGGGCAUUAAAGGGAAAUCCAUCAGCGGCAAGCAGACCUUGCCACUGAGGAUUCCACCUGAGGCCCAAAAGAUAAUGGAUACCUCCAGGAGCAGUCCCAGUCCUCAGAAGACCUUGCCACUGAGGAGUCCAACUGAGGCCAAAGAGAAGUUUGAUACCUGUCUGCAUAACUGUGGUCUUAACUGUUCUCAUAACUUUUGUCUUACCCUUGCCAUGAGCAAGUUAUCCCUCAACGACAAGCACACCUUGCCACUGAGGAAUCCACCUGAGGCCCAAAAGAAGAUGGAUACCUCUACGAGCAGUCCCAGUCCCUAG